UUAGAACCAUUUUCUUUCUCUUUUUUUGUUCUAAGGCAAGUAAAGAAUACAUUAUUGGAGGGAAGUUUAAUUUCUUAGCCUCAGAAAAACCUUCUCUUUGGGGGUUUUCUUUGCUAAAAAUUUUGUUUUAAGCAUAGGAAAAAAACUUCUUUUGUUCACUUUCUUGUUCUAAACUUGUGGUAAUUACUUUGUUUGUUUGACAUUUUGUGUAACGAGAUCAUAAAGUAAAAAAACCAAAGAAAAUAUGGGACUUAAAGGAACUUUGGAGUACAUUUCUGAUAUGAUGAGCAGUAGUCAUAAGUUUAAGAAGAAGAAGAAACAGCUUCAGACUGUUGAGCUCAAAGUUAGAAUGGAUUGUGAUGGUUGUGAGCUUAAAGUCAAGAAAGCUUUGUCUUCAUUAAGUGGAGUUAAAUCAGUGGAGAUAAACAGAAAAGAGCAAAAGGUGACAGUAACAGGAUAUGUGGAAGCAAAUAAAGUGUUAAAGAAGGCAAAGUCAACAGGGAAGAAGUCUGAGAUUUGGCCCUAUGUGCCCUACAAUUUAGUGGCUCAGCCCUAUGCUGCAGCAGCUUAUGACAAGAAAGCUCCUCCUGGUUAUGUUAGAAGGGUUGAAAACCCAACCAUUGGAACAAUUUCCACAUUUGAGGACCCUGCUUAUGUGACCAUGUUCAGUGAUGACAACCCAAACGCUUGCUCCAUAAUGUAAUGACAACAAUAACUAUACCUCAAAUUCUGUGAAAGUUAAGACCGACUAUAUGAAUUCUUAUUGUUUAUCUCGCUCGGUUUCAAAUUCAAUGGGAUUUUAUUAUAGCGAUGGUAUAUGUUCAGUUUGCAAGCGCUAUUAACUAUUUCACCGAAUAACUUCUACCAUCCGGGAAGUAUGAAAGCUCAUAGGAGAAUAGGGUUUGAGAAGUGAGAUAAGGGAAAAUAUUUGUAGGUGGUGUUGGUAGUGUAUGGUUGACAGAUAGUCGUGAGUUUCUCCUAGGCUUAUUAGUAGUACUAGUACUGUUCUUGUAUUUUCUUAUUCUUGUUUCGUUAUUAUUAUUUAUGUUAUUCACUUCCGUUACCUUAUUU